AUGCCUCGUAUUCGAGUGCCGAUUCGUCGUUCAGGAAGUGUUUAUAUUCAACGGCCCGGUAUACGAUAUCCACUUCGACCUCCCCCACCUAGUCGAGGGGGUCUUCUCGGUAUACUCGGAGGCAUAGCUGGUCUACUCUUAUGUUUACUAUGUUUAGCAACGUUGGGUUUACUUGGUCUUUUUGCAAUAUUUAUUGCAGUGACCGCAUAUCUCGGAAAAGUAUAUAGAGCAUUGAAAGAUGCUGGUAAUGAUGCACCUGGCCUUGCCAUUAAUACAGUCAUCUUAUUGGCUGCUUUAUGCUUUGCCAGUUUUCAUAAGUUACGACGAUCAUUAUAA